UGUGGAUCUUGACCCGAAAACCAUUUUUCAACCCGGCUAAGCUCCGUUGCUCUUCGCUCCUCACCCUGUCUACACUGUUUGCUAGGGUUACGGUCUCAGAAUCGCCACGCUUGCUCCUCCCUGCGCUCGGAUAUCAGUUUCAGACUCGAAUUUUAGGUAAAGGAUCAUGGUGGGAUUUAAGAACAGGUAUAUGGUAGUGGAGGUUAUCUUGGAUUCUAAUAGAGAACUGGUGAGAAAAGAUCCUGUUAUCAUUACCUCGUACAAUGUCAUGAAAGCUAUCCGAGACAGCAUUCUGGUAAAUUUUGGGGAGUGCGGUCUGGCUUCAUCACUUGGAUCAUUCCAAGUCAAGUAUGUGAAUGACAUUACGAGAAUGUGUAUCAUUAGAGCUUCAAGGGAUGAGUAUCAGAAAGUGUGGGCUGCAAUUACCAUGGUCAGGAGUAUUGCAGAUUGCCCGGUUCUAUUUAAUUUGUUGGACCUAAGCGGAAGUAUCAAAGCUUGUAAAGAAACCGCAUUGAAGUGUGAUGAAUCAAAAUUUGAACAGCACAAGCUGCUUGUUGGAUCUAAUCUGUCGGCUCAAGAUACUCAAAAAAUGCAGUACUAUCUCGACAAGAUCAAAGGCCUGGAGCACUAAAGUUCUACUCCAUCUAUGGUGACAUUCCGUGUUCAAAUGCCACUCCGAUCGAUCAGCUCUUCCGAUCCAAAAUGAAUACAGUAGAAAUUAACGUCGAAUUUAAUUCAUAUAACCAAAUGAGCACCAGAUUACAGAUAUCACAUAGCUACCAAAGUGGCAUUUUUAAACUCCUCCAAUAGGCUUCUUGGCCUGGUGUAAAUUUUGUCUAUGCUGGUGAAGUAAUAGAGGAUGAUAAGCUUUCGGCGGAUACAACAUCCAUUCACUCUUUGAGGGAUCAGGUUGAAGAGAGAAAUGAUUGAAUGAAUUUGUACUAUAUUUAUACUUUAAAUGGAUGAAGCAUAUCGAAUCGUGUUACUUGUCAAAUAAUUGUGUGAACUUGGUAAAUGCUAAAUCCGCUUCUAAAUCGCUUAUAAUA